AUGCAGAGCGAAAAGAAGAGAACGUCCGGCUUCUUUACCAAUUCUUUCAACUUGCAAUCUCCAAAUGGUGAAAUUUUCCUCAACGAGAAGCAACCGGCUUUCUACAAUUUCCGCUCUCCACGGUUCAACAGCGAAAACAGCUCUAUUUCGCCGCAGUAUUCACCGAUCAUGUACGCGCACGAUCCAAGGAGGUGCCCAACUCCAAUCCCAAACCCAAACUUCAGCCCCAGAGGGUCGCUGGUGUAUAGAGGAAACAUGGAUGUGGCUGAGGUGACCAGUGAGAUGUCCAGAUUCAGCCCCGGGUUGAACGGCAGGAGAAUGGAGAGCACGUUUCAUGGCAUGCCCCCCUCCCCUGGGAAUCGAGGCGGACCCGUGCUGCAGCUCUACUACUACCUGGACGAGUGCUACGAGCAGUGGAGGAGCUUGGAGAAGGAGCGCAAGAGGACAGAGAUCGUCCUCUCAAAGAUUUUCUUGGGAAAACGGACCUCAGCGCUGCCCACGUCCAGUCUGCCCAAAACUCCUCCCAACCCGAGCAGAGUCGACCACCUCAUCGUCAACCAGAUGAGGGAGCAAGCGCGGGUGUCUUCUCUUCUGGACAAGAUGGAGUGUCUGUCCAGUGUGGCCCUAAACCCCAACAUCUACAACACUCUGACCAAACACCACAUGGCGAUCUGUGUGACCAGCGCUCGCCGCAAAGAGGAGAUCCUCGGCAUGUCCCAGAACCAGCACCAACGAGGCCAUUUCACCGACGACAGAGACUCCAUGAUGCUGGUGCUGGCCCUGAAGGAUCUCACCGUCUCCACCCGAAAACUGCGUACGGCCGUGUGGUGCGCUCUGCAGACCAGCCUCCCGCAGCCCAGACCCGAGACCCCCGUCCCAGAAGCCCCUCGAGACCAGACCAGUCCUGCUCUGUGCGAGGGCUACUCCUACAGGAUCUGA